UCUACUACCACCCUUUCACUUUCUUUCCUUCUUUCUUUCUUUUUAUGAAGGAUUUGUUGCCAUUUCUGCUUCUUUUUCCAAUCUACAAGUUACAUUUCUGAUGUCACUACAGUGGCCUUGGCACUUUGUUUCUGUCUCUCCUACGGAGAAACAGCAUCGCCGCGAACUUCUAGACCUUCGCGGAUAUUAUGCGCAAUGCUCGUUCUUACUUUUCAUAAUACUUGUACGGCUAUAUAACAACUACUUUCGAGCUACUGAUACCCCGAAUGGCUCCCGCACCCGCCGUAGGCAGAGGUCAUGGUGGGAUCUGCCCCCUUUUGCAAAUUGGACAGAGACACGUAAGCAGUAUACCAUCUGUAUUACCUGGUUGGUGUGCCUGUUAGGCCUCUCAGUAUGGAAAUCUGGCACUGACUACCUACACCUCACCAAAGCCCUGGGUCACGUAGCUCUUUCCCAGUUACCUUUUCAAGUUCUCAUGGCCCCGGCAUUCUACCUCAACCCCAAAAACCCAGCCACACCAUCCACGAUGUCUGUCUUGACAUCUAUUUCACAACCAGCACUGACUCCAUACCACCGCCUGUUCGGCAGGAUUGUCAUGUCCCCAUUAUUGGCCGGGCAUGCCACACUGUAUCUAAACUUCUUCGCCCAGUCCAGUCAUCCAGAUUUCGGAUCUUUGCUCGCAAAGCGUAUCCAAGAUCCGGACGUUCAGUGGGGGUUCGGCGGCCUGACCUUCGCAGUCAUGAUCCUGUUAUUUGUCCGGCCGCUGCGUACUGCAUUCUGGGUGCAACUGUGGCCGACCUCCUCUGUUAAGGCUAGGAGGGAGAUGUUUUAUUAUGUGCAUGUUUUGUUAGUGGUGUUGUGUGUUGCGGCGUAUUUCCAUGUGGCUCAGGCGCAGGCCUUCGUGAUUGAAGCCUUGGGUGCUGCAGCUCUCAAUGGGGGGUGUGGUUUGCUGCUGGGGUAGAUGCUUCAUCUUAUGAUGUGCCUAUGGUAUUUGGUGGGCCUGGUUAUUUGUGUAAGAUAUGAGAAUGAAUAGACUCUUUGUCUUUUGGUGAAUGUACGUUUGAGCGAGGGUGCUGCGGCGGAAGGAUGGACGAUCCAGUCAUUGAGACGUCCCAAGGACCAACAGGUUUAUUUCAGCGCUUGGAUUCUACGUGGUCUGA